AUGGAAAAAAUUAAGGACUACAUAGAAAACGGUGAUCUCGACCUUGCAAGAAAAAUGAUAGAGUCCUUAGAGAAUAAACUAGCCGAAGAAUCAUCUUCUCAUACGCGUGAGAUUUUAAAAUCUCAGAUUUUAAAUCUUAAGAGAUUGUAUUCCUCAAAGUUAGAAAUAAGUCUUCACAGUACAAAGUAUUCUAGACAAAAAAGCCAACUAAAGCUCGAUAUGAAGAGUGAUUUUAGUGGAAACUACGACAAACUAAUUUCAAAAUGCAUCAAUUAUCAAUAUUUUACAGACAUUCAAUGUAAGAACAUUGAUUUAAUAGAUUGCAAUGAAAUAAUGGUAAAAAUGAUUGAAUGCGAAGAAACUGUAUUCCUAAAAAACGUCAAAAACUCGGAAAUUACACUAAAAACAGGGCACUUAAGAGUAUCUAAUUGUGAAAAUCUUUGUUUGUAUGUCUAUUCAAAUUCCGGUAUAUUUAUUUUAGAUUCUAUAAAUAUCAAAAUAGAGCCUAUUUUGAAUUGUAAGCUGAAAGUUUUUGAUUUUAAUUCGCCUUUUUGUAGCAAAAAUUUUCAAAUAUUAAAUAAAUAA